AUGUUCAGAACUUCCCUUUCCUGCAUCGCCAUAUGGGCCUUGCUAAAUCCUUUGGCCCUUGCCUACAGCAUCACUGAUCCUUCUUUGUCUAAACAACUACAAGCUCGGCAAGUAGUCCAUAGGCCAAAUCCCUUGCGCAACUUUGAGGUCCGAGAACCCCCGUCAGUCCCUCAAAGCAAACCUUGCGAAGUGGUUAUCCUCGAACAUACCUUUUCCAAUUCGUAUGGGAAGCCCGCAGCCGCAAGUUAUGUACCACCCCAACAGUGUGGACACCCUGGUACUUGGGCAUCCGUGAUUUUCACUUUGGAAACAACCUCGGCUGGUACCCAGUAUGACAGGCUUGGGAUGCUUUAUCUGAAUGAUAUCGAAGUUUGGAGGACAUCAACAGCCGAACCUUCAAAGGAGGGAAUCAUAUGGACAGUAUACAUGCCACUUUUAUCUCGUCCUGGCACAUUCUCCUUGGACAUCGGGAACAUUGUCGACCUGUCGCUCGGCUUGAACGGAAAUUUCGAAGUCACGCUGUCUGCCAAGUUUUAUCCACCCACUGCAGAAUUCCCGGCAGCCAAGCAAGCCGAUAGAAUAAUCAAUGUGGGACACGGCUCAGGCAACAAUUUGACUAGUUUCAUGCGUUUCCCCGAGACUAGACUCAGCAAUCCGAUGUUUCACCAUCCCUUGAACCAGAAUAUCGCGACUGCCUACUUGCAGCUGUUUGCUAGUGGAUCAGGCGCAGAAGAGUACACAAAUGUACCCGAUGAGUACCAACAGAAACUUGAUCCAAAGAAAUCUGGAAGCGUGAAUGGCAAAGGUCCCUUUCGAGAAGUGCAGGUUUGGAUCGAUGACCAACUUGCCGGGGUCGCCUAUCCGUUCCCCGUUGUAUACACCGGCGGGAUGUUAUUGUCGUGGUGGAGACCUAUAGCUGCGAUUGGUGCUUUUGACGCACCCACCUAUGUCAUCGAUAUUUCUCCCUUUGUCCCCAUCCUUGCGGACUCAAAGCCGCAUAAUUUCACCCUACGUGUGGAUGGACAAGGUGAAAAUGGAUCGAUAAACGGCGAUUGGCUCUUUAGUGCCUCUGUGUUCGUGGGGUUGGAUCCCAGUGGAUCCCGUACGACCGGCAGUAUCCUCACCCAUCAUACAGACUCCCAGACAACUGUCGACGUACCCAAUGACGCGCGGAUUCCACCCAAUGUUGAUUCCAAGACCCUGGUUCGCUUUGCUACCCACAGCUACCGAAAGCUGUCGAUUUCUAGUAGUGUAGUCACUGGCACCGGCGGAAAAAAAAUCGUGACAGUCGAGCAAGAUAACACUUUCAUUAACCAACAGACCUGGGGAGGUGGUACUUCUUACCAAUUGGUUGAGAUGACAAGUCGAGGCAACAGCAUUUCGACGCAUGGCGACACAGCAGAAAAAAUUGACGAAUUCCGCUAUCCCUUCAAUCUGACCCUCUCCACGUUGGCUGUUCCCCCUAGUUUAACCAAAGUCGUCGGCCACCUCAAUCACAAGUACAGCCGUUCUCAAAUCUUUCCGUUCUCCUCACCUUUGGGAAAGAUUGGAAUUGAGACCACGCAAGAUUCGGCUGGUGAGCUAGUCCUAAACAAGGACAACCGAGCGCUAAGUGGAAUCGGAAGGACCAGCCAGAUGUUCAGUUACAAGGAUGGCAAAGGUGGAACCUACACUCGAGACGUUGACAUCUUUAACUCGAGGCAAACUAUCAGAGACAAAGAGUCCGGCUCGCUUCUACCAGCCACCCAUGCGAAGGGCCUCACUGAAUUGUCCUUAUCAGAUAGAGCACUUGGGACGAGCCUUCUCUCGACUAACGAACAGCCCACUAACGUCCGUUCUCCAAACAACAAGGAUGCGGACACCUUCUUAGCCAAUGCAAUCUCAGGCUCGGACAACUUACAUAUUCCUCGAGAUGAGAGCAUCCGCGGCGGCCUCUGCAAGACUUUGCAUAUACCAAAUAAUUGA